GCGGAAAAAGUCGUUUAUUCAAACAGCCGUAAGUUAGAUCAACACAAAAUAGAAAUCUAGUCUAGAUUCUAGAGUAAGACUCUAGGCCCAGAUACUUAGCAAAAGUGUUUUAGUCAAGAAGUAAGAGAAAAUCGCGUAAACACGUAGAUUCUAGUUAAAAUAGAUCUACAGGAUUAAAUUGUGUAAAUUGUAAAUCAGUUUUGUUUUCUAUCGCUGUGGACAGUAUUCUAGAAUCUAUUAUCUAGGCCUGUGCAAACUUUAGAGGAGACUGUUUUGAUUUUGACAGCUUGUCCGCAACGAGGUUGUGAGUAGCAACGACGUCAGUUGAGUUUGAUCUUACAUUUUGUUGCUGAUCAUUCAUCAAAACAACCAUAAUGAGUCGCGAUUUGUACAAGGCCCGAUUGAACGAAACCAAAACGUCUGAUAGGAGAAGGUCUCGAGGUUUGGAAAGAAAAAGGAACCGAGACGAUGAAGUGAACAAACGGCGACUUUUAUCAGAUGACAUGUCUCCAGUUGUAGAGGAUGACAUUGACAAUGAUGCUACUGUUGAAAAAGUUCAGAAACACUCAAAGGUUGAGACAAGACUUGACAGACUGAAGAAAUGGCGGGAAGAGAGAAAGAAAAAGCAAGAGGAAGAAAAGAAAGCCAAGGCCAAACCGGUGUUUCGCGUCGGCAAAAUGGAGCACAAGGAUCCCGGAGACUUGUUCAACUGGGGGACAGUUGCUGAGAAGCCUGUCAAGCAAAAAGCUCCUCGUGGCGGUCAGACUGAAAGUGCUCCGAAGCCUCAGGCCAGGACAAAUACCCGCGCCGCCGCCGCCGCCAGCAAACUUGUCCAGAAAGAGCCAACGGUGGCGUCGUCCAAAGCAAAGGCUGCUGCGGUAUCCGCUGGCACCACUGGCGGUACUUUGAAGAGAUCUACAUCAACGGUACUGCCAUCGAGCCGGUCGCAGAGAGUGCAGACUGUCGCAACACAAGCGCAACCUCCCAAGGCCAGCACUGCUGCGGGAAAGAAAAAUGUGCGGUCAGCUUCAAAGUCACAGGGUCAGAUAUUUGAUUUUGCCAAACAGAUCAAGCCGGAUGUGCAGAAGAAGACGGAGAUUAUACCUUCAGCUGCCACGAAGAGCAAGAAGGAGACUUCUGGAGGGAAGCGAGCUGUCAGGACCAGGGAUUUGUCCUCCCAGCUGACUGCAGCUGCUAAAGCAAAGAUGAAUACGGAAAAGCACUCUGGAUUUCUCCGGUCUAAGGGCCAAAGAAUGACGAGAAGCUCAGCACAGAAGCAAGUGGAGAAACAAGUGGAGCCACCAAAAACUUUGGAUGCGAAGAAAGUGGCAGAACUUCCAAGAGAAAUGGACGAGCUCGCUGUUGAUGAUGAACAAAGACAGUCAAAUCCCUUUGAGCUUCAUUUGUCGGAUUCGGCGGUGGACAGUCCCAAACACUCGACUCCGGCCCGUGGGAAACUUCGCAAGAGUGUUUCUUCAAACUGCUCUCCAGUGCAAGCGCUAAAUCUGGGCUCGGUCGGCUCCAAACGUCGUCGGAGUCAACGAAACGAGAAAAUUAGGUUGUCUCGGCGGAAGAGUAAAAACGUGUCAGUCAUGGGAGCAGAUUCCGAGUUUGAGGCCGAUGUUAACGACAAUGCACCAUCGUUCCACGACAGCAUCGCCGCGAUAGAGAGUGGCCUCGUUGCUGAUAAACGGGAAAGCGACAAUGUCAAAGAUUGUCCAGCUUUAGACGGAGGUUCUCCUUCAGCUGAGGAAGGAAAUGGUGAAGCAGAAGACGCGUUGCUCCGUGGGGAAUCAGCAAACACUUCCUGCAAAUUGAACGAUACUCUGGGUGUCUUGGAAAAGUCCAAUAAAGAAAACAUGACAUACGAGAGUCCGAAAGAUUCUAGCAAAUCCAAAAUGGAACGCCGGUCUCGAUACUCUGCCGUGAAAGAAGUCAAAGUUGCAAAGACACCGAGGAGGAAGAGCUCUCGUAUUUUGGCCGCGGCAGCCACUGCUGAUUCUGACAUUGCAGACGGUAUUUUGAACUCAGAAAGUCCCGGCAAGAAAAGCAAUCAGCUGGACAAUGGCGACCUAAUGGAAGACGUGGAAGAAAUGUACCAGGCCCAGAAUGUGUCUGACUCGGACACUCAAGUGCCCCUGGAAGCGGACGAAGACGGCACACCCACGACUCAGCAGAGGGAGAGAAUGAGCUCUGCCCUAGGGAAGAGGAAGAGCCUACGACUGGCUGGACUGGCGUCCUCUAGCUCGGAGAUGGAGGAGAACGACGGGGGAGCCUUUGUCUGGGAGAAGAAGACUCCACGACGCAGCAGUCGCAGACAGAGUAAACGAGCUAUGGGUUCUGCUGUGGCCCGAAGGAAAAGCCGGCGCUCAACAGUUGUCUCUGUUAGCAAUGAAGGAACCACAGACAUUGAAGGUGACGACGUUGUUGAGAGCGUGGCGGUGUCCCGACCAGCUAGCACUCCGCCCAGCACCGACACACACCUGGCCACUCCGGCAAAAAGCGCGCCUCGUCAAAGCGUAGCCGCCCUCCGCAGGAGCGUUCGCCGGUCGCUGGUGGUCAGCGUCAGCGAUGAAGGGACGUCUGUCGGAGGCGGGGACUCGUCUGCUCGCUCGGCCGACGCCUACCAUGUUGCCAAAUCUGGCCACCCUGAGGUGUCCUCUCGGAUCUUGCAAGAACUUGUGGUGGAGAAAGUGGACGGGGAAAUCAGUUUUAUCGAGGUGCCCAUGGAUGACAGCAUCGUAGGCUCACCGUCUGCAAAAGAGUCUCUGGCCAACUCUCUCAACGGCCUCAAAGACCAGUCCACACAGCCGUUCUCUCCCAGGAAAUCGGCAGACGUGACGGCCUCCUCGUCCAGUCAAGAAUCGAGCCUUUUCUCGUCGCCGCUGAGGGACAGGAAGUCCCCGGCCGCCGAUCCACAGGGGGGAGAUCGAGGGGUGAUCAAGACUCCGAGGUCACUGGGGGUCAGGGGUCGGUCUUUGGCUCCGACACCAACGACCUUCAAGGAGCCCGGAGAACCUCUGUCUGCGCUCAGGGCCAGGAGCGCCAAGCGGCGGAAGACGGAGUGCUCGCAGACUCCGGAGCAGAUGAUUGAGAUCCUCAAGAAGAGCCCCAUGGUGGAGAUGAGCCGACGACGAUCGCGACACGUUUCCUCGCCCGCUGCUUCUCUGAGCAACUUCACGGCCCUGUUGGACGAGGCCUCCCACGCUGCCACUGACAAAGAGAAGGCCAACAAAUCUGCUCCUGGCCUCCUGGAGGAAGACAACAUGCAGGUGGAAAACCUCCCUCUGCCACAAGACGAAAACGAGCCGUGCACACAGGGCGAACCAUGCACACAGGAAAAACCAUUCACACAGGACGACGAACCAUGCACAAAGGAGGAGGAACCAUCAGUGGUAGCCGUUGAUGAGGGUGAUGCUCAAGCGGCUAAAGUGAAACCUUUCCGAGAUCUGCUCACGUCUGAGACUGCCCGACUGAACAGUCUGUGCCAGGAGUGGACGGAAGUCGGUGCAAAUACCGCCGGCGUCGGGGACGAUGUUCUGGGCCAGCUGCGGUCGGUGGUGGGCAAGGCUCAGCUCCUGAUAGACCAAAGGUUCAAGCAGUUCUCCGGGCUCGUCGACAACUGUCAGUUCAACCUCGGGGAGAAGGAGACAACUCCGACCGACUUGCAAGGAUUCUGGGAAAUGAUUUACUUCCAGGUGGAGGAUGUAAACAAUUUAUUUGCUGAACUUUCUGAGCUGAAGCAAAAUGGCUGGCAGUCCAAAGCGCCGACCCCCGUCAAAAAGGCUCUUGUGAAGAGAAAGCCGUUGGCCAAGGGGGCCAAGGCCAAGGGGAAGUCCAACUUCGCGGCGUUCCGGGCGGAGAUGAUGAAGAGGAAGGCCCAGGGGGCGUCGGCUAAGCCAGCCGAAACGGUCGGCGAGGACACAGAAGCCACCAAGACGUUCGACGGAGGCUUUUUUGCCGUGUCCAGUCCCGUCCAGUCACCUAGCAGCAAGUCUGCUGAGGGACCCCUGAAGCCGGCCUCGCCAACCAAGACCUCUGAAAAUCAAGAUUGUGAGAAAACGGAACAGUCUCCGCAGAAAGACGCGUCUACUCCCACCAACCCAAGGAACAAGGAGAACGAGGCGAGCACUCCGCCCACCAGCCAGCCGACGGUCAUGUCUGUGAAGAGACUCCGCUACACGCCCGCGGUCAGCAGUCCCCUUCUCAACGACAUCACAGAUGUGGGAGAGACCAAGUCGUGAUCUGUGUGUGUGUGUGUAUCUCGCCGGAGCUAAACUACUCUUGUCCAAAGUUUUGCCUCAUCAUGCAUGCCUGUUAUAUAUAAAUACACGUUGAUAGAAUACUGUCUAGCACACACGUGGCGCAACACGCACAUAGCGAACAAAUUUUCUGUUUCUGAAUUAUUUCGUAUACGUGUAUAUUCUCUGUAUUUAGAACAUAUUAUGUGUCACGACCUGGCGGAAUCAGGCGCUCGUCAAUUUUGGGGCAUUUGGGGUUAUUGGUAUCAUC